AUGGUUCAUUCUAUUCAUAAAAAAUCCAAUGGGGGCAAUGUGGCUAUCAAGCUUGACAUGUCUAAGGCCAAUGACAGAGUUGACUGGAAAUUUUUAUUACAUGUUUUGGCAGCUUUCGGGUUUUCUCCUAGGUUCUCCCGAGCUCGAGGCACCCCGCUUAUAUCUUAUCUUAUGUAUGCGGAUGAUAUUGUUGUUUUUGCUAAUGGUGCUCAAAAGUCUAUAAGGAAAUUGAUGCAGGUUCUUAAACUGUAUGAAUCUUGGUCGGGUCAAUUCCUUAGUAAAGAAAAGAGUGCUAUUUAUUUCUCUCGUAAGAUUCUUCUUCAUAGGAAGGCUUCCUUACUUCGCACUACUGGUUUUGUUGAAGGGACUUUUCCUUUUAAGUACUUAGGUGUUCCAAUAGUGGAUGGGAGGCUCAGAACUAAUGACUUUGGUGAAUUGCUUGGUAAAAUUAACAAGAAGAUUGCGGGUUGGAAAAUGAAGAUGCUCUCUGCUGGUGGCCGGACAAUCCUCCUUUGA